AUGUUUUUUAAUUUCCGUCUAUAUAAUGUCCUGAACAAACAUAACAAACAUAACGGUGUCCUCCUGAUAGACGACAUCAAACUGUGCGUUCAAGUUGAGCGCCAGGCUCAAAUGCACUCUCAAUUCUUCUGCGCGGUUCUAACACUAGCCAUAUCAUCCCUUUCUAGUGCUCACAUCUGGACUAAUAAUGGACCUAUGAAAACUUAUGGGACUUAUAAUGUACCGAACCUGGGACAAUGUGUGAUUGGUGGACCUUACGCGAGCGGUCCCAUGUACAGCUGUCAUGGAGCAACAUUCGUACCCACGUCUGGCUUCUUCCAACCAUGUGCUGAACAUAGCCAUUGUUACCACGCAAGAGAACCAACGGAAUGGUGCCGCCCGCUACCACAUCAGUCUUGGACAGACGAGGGCUGUCAUUGCGACGAAAAGUUGGGAAGCUGCGUGAUCGAACGUUUCGACCAUAUGCUAGGUCAACUGCAAUGGACACACUGCACACCGAAAGCCGAGUUUUACUGCUAAAACACAAAACUCCUCCAAAUAAAUUGUACUGCUCCCCAAU